GUCUCAUGUGUGUUCGAUGAAGACACUGAGAAUGUAAAUGCGGAGAGAAAAAAAUGGAAAGAGGAAGAACCUUUGAGGGGAGCUGAGAGAUCAUGCACGCGUGUGUGUGAACCAAUCUGUGGAGACAUCGAGAAAAGGAGGGCUGUAACUAUAACCACUACUUGAAGUUGCUGAGGCUUGCUUUCCCUGCGGUCCAUUGCCUGGAGGGUAGAGAGAAUUCUUCGGGGGGAAAGGGGCAAGAGAAGAGGCGGGGGGGGGGGGGGGGGGGGGGGGGGGGGCGGCGAAGGGGCCAGGCAAAAGAAAGACUCGGCCAACAUGAAGGUUCGGUCGUCUGUGAAGAAGCUUUGCGAAUUCUGUCGCGUUGUGCGACGGAAUGGGCGAGUGUAUGUCAUUUGUUCAAAGGACCGAAAGCACAAACAGAGGCAAGGGUUCUUUACGGAGGUAGCAACAGCCUUGGGAAUAGCGUCAGACCCAUCGAAAGCCGAGAUCGUGGCACCACAGGUUUCAGUCACAGGCAGAAGACCUUUCGAGCAGCAGGCAGUGACCGCGGGUAAGGUACCAAGUAUGGAGCGGCAAGGUGCAACCGGAUUGGGAAGUGGAGCGACCACCUCCAGCACACUGUUUGGGUUGCCAUCCGGACUCGAUCGGCUCCUCAGCAGGUUCUUAUGACAUUCUUUUCCGGACUUUUUGGCCACAAGAUUUUUCAUUGUGGGCUAUGACAUGGCAGCAGGGUGCAUGGACCCCCCGCCCCUGCAUGCUGCUGAUUGAUCGUGUUCGACCCAUGUCGUCUCCUUCAUAAUUCAAUCAUGCAGGGUGCUGACUUGCUGAGUGGUAGACAAUGUCCUUGCCAGCCAAUGCCACACACAGAUGGUGAGGGGAUGUCAAGAGAAGAGGGGUUGUGUCCUUUCAGGAAGAAGAAGACACAUGAGCACAGUGGCAGGUUUGUUAUGCAUCUUAGAUAAGGCAGAGGUUGGGAACAACUUCAUCUCUUAAUUGUUUGCAUGGAUCAUCUCUUGAUGAGGGUGAUGCGGGUGGAAGCCUCUCCUUUGGUAAAGGUUCUGCAGGUAGAAGUCACACCUCCUGUUAUAAGGGGGAUGCAUGCAGAGGUCUCACCUUGAUUGGGGGGGGAGAGGGGGGGGUCUUGACUGAUUGGUACCCUUUCUUUCCAGAUAUUGUAAUUUCCAGACCCUACCUGGGAAGGAAGGGGGAUGCAGCAGGUAGAAACCUCACCUUUCAUAAAGGUAGGUUCUGCAGGUAGAAGUCUCACCUCGUGUUAUAAGGGGGAUGCAAGCAGAGGUCUCACCUUGAUAUUGGGGGGGGCGGGGGGGGGGGGAUGUCCUUCGACUGAUUGGUACCCUUUCUUUCCAGAUGUUGUACCUUUCCGGACCCUACCCGGGGAAAGUUCUCAGGGUAAUGGGAAGGGUAUCUGGAUAAGAUCUAUUUCCAUAAAAUAAAAUUUGUGCUUUUCGCCGUCUCUUGCCAAAUCCUAUCAUGGACAGCAGCUGUUUAUGCUCACAGCCAAUCUCCUCGCACCUUUUCAGGUCUAAGUACAACAGAGCAUGCAAACAUUGCAGGUUUCUUGGCUGUGCUGCGCAUCUCCGCAGUCGCUCCUCUCUAACAGAAUUCAAGUCGUCACCAAUCUUGUGCAACCGUCCGUGUUUUUUUGUUCUUUUCUAUUUCCUUGUUGUGCCUCUCGCAAACCCCAAACAAUUCUUCUCUGCAGGAACAGCUUAUCUUCAGGUCCUUGGUUUCGUUCCCCCGCUUCCCUUCCUCCUCCUCCUCCCCCUUCCCCUCCCUCUCCCUUCCUCCCUCUGCACGACCCUGCCCCCCCAAGGAAGGAUUUAUCUUCAGCGGAUCUUCCAGCUUACACCCUGUUUUGCUCACCCCGCCAACUAGCAGUUAUUUUUGUGGAAACUCUUUUUCGUGCGUACAGCUGUUAUUAUGUUAUGAUGGAUUAGCGAUGCACGGAGGUUGUAUCAGCCCUUUGAAAGGGAGGGGAGGAGGGGGGGAGAGCGGCAGGGGUGCGGUCCUUUUUCACUGUGGCUGCUAUGGCCUCGACGAUCAACACAGAAAUGUGUGGCACGUAGAUAGCGGUCUGCAACCCUCGCCCUGGUUGGUAGAUUACCUGAAAGGCGACCUACGUACACGCCUAAGAAGGCUCCAAUUUUAAUGAAAGGGCCUAGCUCAG